GGACUCUUAAGGACAGCCACACAUCAGUCACCAUGGAAGCUCUGCUCUACAAGCCCAUUGACCGAGUCACCAGGAGUACCCUGGUCCUCCAUGACCUGCUGAAGCACACACCUGCGGACCACCCAGACUACCCACUGGUCCAGGAUGCCCUCCGCAUCUCCCAGAACUUGCUGUCCAGCAUCAAUGAGGACAUUGACCCCUGCCGGACUGCUGUCACAACCCCCAAGGGAGAGACGCGGCAGCUGGUGAAGGACGGCUUCCUGGUGGAAGUGUCAGAGAGCUCCUGGGGGCUGCGGCACGUCUUCCUCUUUACAGAUGUCCUACUGUGCUCCAAGCUCAAGAAGACAUCUGCAGGCAAGCCCCAGCAAUAUGACUGCAAGUGGUACAUCCCCCUGGCCGACCUGGUGUUUCCAUUCCCUGAGGAAUCCGAGGCCAGCCCCCAGGUGCAUCCCUUCCCAGACCAUGAGCUGGAAGACAUGAAAAUGAAGAUCUCUGCCCUCAAGAGUGAAAUCCAGAAGGAGAAAGCCAACAAAGGACAGAGCCGGGCCAUCGAACGCCUGAAAAAGAAGAUGUUUGAGAAUGAGUUCUUGCUGCUGCUCAACUCGCCCACAAUCCCAUUUCGGAUCCACAGUCGGAAUGGAAAGAGCUACCUGUUCCUAUUGUCCUCGGACUAUGAGAGGUCAGAGUGGAGAGAAGAAAUUCAGAAGCUACAGAAGAAGGAUCUCCAGGCCUUUGUCCUGAGCUCAGUGGAGCUGCAGGUGCUCACAGGAUCCUGUUUCAAACUUAGGACUGUACACAAUAUUCCUGUCACCAGCAAUAAAGACGACGACGAGUCUCCGGGACUCUAUGGCUUCCUCCAUGUCAUCGUCCACUCUGCCAAGGGGUUUACGCAGUCAGCCAACCUGUACUGUACCCUGGAGGUGGAUUCCUUUGGCUAUUUUGUCAGCAAAGCCAAAACCAGGGUGUUCCGGGACACCACAGAGCCCAAAUGGGAUGAGGAGUUUGAGAUUGAGCUGGAGGGCUCCCAGUCCCUGAGGAUCCUCUGCUACGAGAAGUGCUAUGACAAGACCAAGGUCAACAAGGACAACAAUGAGAUCGUGGACAAGAUCAUGGGAAAAGGGCAGAUCCAGCCUGCUCCUAGACCAUUGAUUCCAGGAAGGAGUGAGUCAGGCUUAGGGAAGAGAAGGCAAAUUUGUGCUGUCCCAGAGAGAGCCCCCAACCCACGGGGAGAAAAGGAAAGAUGA